AUGAUGCACAGGCUGUACUCGAAAAACCUCACAGAAGAAAACAUCGACGAGGUGAUCCAAUCGGAGAAAGCGAUCAACGAAAAACUGACUCGAGAAAAUGAACAGAUAAAAAAAAACGGAGAGAUACAACACCGACUGUUGAGUUUCAUCCAGGAUAACUUUAUCUUUGAAAGUAACUCAACGGAGGAUGUUCAGAAGUACAACGGGGUGUUGCUCUCCCUGAUUGAUUAUAUGGAUCGACUAAAAAUGGUGGACUGCUACAUGCGGAAGGAGACGGACGGACUGAUGGAGGAAUUUUUCCGCUGCAUUAAGGAGGCCAUCGUAAAGCAGAGCAACUUUUACCUCAUCAGGGAAGACAUGAAUCAACUCAAAAUCAGCGGAAAGGAGGAGGCGUUCCGGAAGCACGUGCUAGCGUUGAGGAAGUUGUACGAGCAUAACAGUGUGCUUCGGUCACAGGUCUCGCUCUUUAACUCAUUCAAACUGAAGGACGAAAAUUUAAUUCACGCAGACUUCGAACAGCUACAGCUAAGGUACAAGAACUUAAGGAGUAAGGGGAGUUGUUUGGAGAAAAAAAUAGAAAACUUGAAUCAGAAGAUAAAACGAUCGACGGAGAAAAAACUGCACUACGACGAAAAGAGCCUAUAUCUGGAAAAGAUGCUGGAAGAUAAACAGGUGGAGCUGGAGGAAUCGCAGAGUGCCAUUUGUAAAAAAAAAAAAUUUUUGAAUGAAUUGAAAAGGAAAAAGGACGAGUCUAUUAAAAAGUACAGCGAAGUUGAAACGAGUGUCAUUACCAAAAAUGUGUUUGAAGAGUUCCACGAGAAGAAGCUACAUUUGGACAGACUGAAGGAGAAGGUAGGUUUUGCAAUAGACGUAAAAACUGGGGGAAGGCAGUGUACUUCCUCCAAGAAGCUAGAAGAGCUAUGCACUUGGGGGGAUUACUUCUGA